GAUAAAGCUACGGGUCAUCAUCAAGCUGGGGACGUAUUUUGGACUCGUAUUAUGAAUGCUUAUCAUGAAGCGCUACCAGCAAAUGUUGGAAGCACUCGAUCAUUGAGGUCAAUUACGUCCCGGAUGCAAACUAUAAUGAAAGCUGUCGCCAAAUUCAGAGGAUGUAUUGUACAGGUUGAGAACUUGAAUCCGAGUGGAGCUUCAGAAACAGACAUUAUUAAUAGGGCAAAAGCACUAAUGGAACAAGAUGCCAAAUUUAAAAAUGGUUUUAAAUUUGAUCAUGUAUGGCCUAUUGUUAAAGACUUGGAGAAAUUUCAAAGUCCUUCGGGUAGAGAACCAAGUGUUGCAAGUCGAAAGCGAAGUUCUGACAUUGAAGGUGCAGAGUCACAAGGCGAUAAGUCAAUAGGUUCAUCAUCGUUUUGCCUUAACUUAGACGAUGAUUUCGAAAGUCAGGGCUUGAACAAUGAACGUCCUACCGGGCGUAACAAGGAAAAAAAGAAGAAGCAAGCAUUUGCAGAAUGUCAUGAUUAUUUUGCCAAAGUCACAGAACAUAAUGAAAAGAUCGCACAAAUGUUCGAACAAAGUCAAACUCAACUCCAAAAAAAUUAUGAGCUUCAAAUGAAGCAACUACAGUUGGCGGAACAGCAGGAAGAUAACAGAAUCAUGAACAUAGAUGUUGAUUCCAUCACAGAUCCAAUAAGGCGUGAUUGGCUUAAAAAUACACAAUUACAAAUUCAUGCAAAGAGAGCUCGUCAACCACUUGGAGGAGAAGAAUCAAGCAGUCAGUUUACUCAAUAUUUUAAUCAUUUGGGAGGAAAUGAUGCUGGCCUAGGAGAUUAUUGA